AUGUGCCAGCACCAAGCCCCGGAUGCAACAUCCUUGAUCGCGUGCCUCCAAGCCUUCAAAAAUGGCUACGAGUGCACCGAAGAAAACCUAAGCAUAACCCCUCUCCCACUUGCAGGGACUUGUCGGCAAUGUAUUCUUCGUCAGCAGAUGCUACGCCAGUCUAUGUCCCACGAAUUGCAGAGACAGCGUCGUUGGUCUGCAGUAUGCCAGGAAUUCCAAUACAACGAGGAAGACAAUUGCAGCAUCGACGACAGCGAUGCUGAGGAACUUGAUGUGCAAACGCGGAUCGCCCAGUCUACCAGCUCGGCUUCUAGGGCUGAGAACCGGAAGACCAGCGCAUCGUUCCACAGAGGUCCAUCACGCAUGCCAACCAUAGUGCAGCCGUCCUCGCCUCACUUGUCUCAUGUUGCUGUGGUUGAAGAUGCUCAUAAUCACGCAGGUGAUGAAGAAGAUUCUAACGCCAAGCCUUUGCAGGACCCCCUACCUCAGAUGAACCGGAGCUGGCACUCUCGGAUUCCUCUUCCUACUAGGGUGGUGCGUACCCAGCAGAAUCGUACAUAUCAGGCGCUUAUCACUGAUGACAAUAUGUCGGACACAGAGCCUUUGCUCCGGAGUCGCAAGCCGAAGUAUCAUCGUACUUGGCGUUCCCGGAUUCCCCUUCAUGUUGGGAAGUUGUCGAAGAAAUAG